AUGUUCCCCAGUGCGUCCCCGCGGAAGGCCUUCAGUAUCGAGGCGCUGGUGGGGAAGUCCUGCUCUGGUCCGGGUCCGGGUCCUGGUCUGGUCUCUGGACACGGUCUGGUCUCGGAGCCGCUGAGGCCCACGGCGCUGCGCUUUGACGCGUUCGGGGGUGCGCGCCUUUUCCCCCAGGGACACGAGCUGCUGCACGAGCCUGGGCACGCGCACGGACACUCGCACGCGCUGCAGCUUGCCCAGCACGCGCACGCGGGCCUGGGCUUCUACCCGGGCUCGUGGCUGCUCCGGGGCCGCUACCUCGCGCACCGGUUCUCAGGAGAGGAAAGCAGCCCUGAGAGCCUGCUGCUGCACGGGCCCUUCUCCCGGAAACCCAAGCGCAUCCGCACGGCCUUCUCCCCUUCACAGCUGCUGCGUCUGGAGAGGGCCUUCGACAAGAAUCACUAUGUGGUGGGAGCCGAGAGGAAGCAGCUGGCAUCAGGCCUCUGCCUCACCGAAACCCAGGUACCAUCACACCACGGGUCACCACCAGGGGUACACCAGGGCCUACUGAUGGGACAGCAGGGCACACCAGGGCCUACUGAUGGGACAGCAGGGCACACCAGGGCCUACUGA